AUGAUUGCAUUUGCAGUGGCUGCUGCUCUCCUUGCCAGCGCCGGCGCGAGGCCAGCAGAGAUGCGGUACCGCGGCGGCAUCAGUGUCCGCGGCGGCGCCGCGUCCCAAAGCGACAUGCUCGAGCGACUCCGAAGCGGCGAGGGCUUCGUCGCGGCCCUCGACCAGAGCGGCGGCUCGACGCCCGGCGCGUUGGAAGCCUACGGCGUCCCCGAGAGCGCUUAUAAUGAUGAAACCGAGAUGUUCGACCUCGUGCACCAAAUGCGCGAGCGCGUCGCGACCGGCUUGGACGAGCGGUGCGUCGGCGCGAUCCUUUUCGAAGAUACGAUGGACCGCAAAUUUGAAGGAAGGCCCGCGCCGGCGUACCUCUGGUCGAAGCGAAUCGUGCCCCUGCUCAAGUGCGACAAGGGUUUGGAGGCGGAAAGGGACGGCUGCCAGGUGAUGAAGGAGAUUCCAGGGCUCGAGAAGACUUUAGCAAGGGCAAAACUCCUAGGAAUCGCGGGCACGAAGAUGCGGAGUAGGAUUGGAGCAGCCAAUGAAGAGGGCAUCAAGAGCGUCGUGAAGCAGCAGUUUGCGCUCGCGAAGCGCAUCUGUCGGUGCGGCUUGGUCCCGAUCGUCGAGCCCGAGGUCGACGCGUUCAUUGGGGACAAGGGCCACGCCGAGGAGAUUCUGCUCAAUGCCUUGCACGCGGAAUUGCAUCUGUUGCAACCGGGCGAGCUCAUCAUGCUCAAACUGACGCUGCCGGACAUCGACGACUUGUAUGCCUCUUGUGUCGCGCAUCCUAAUGUGGUCCGGGUGCUGGCCUUGUCCGGCGGCUUUGACCGCGCCGAGGCGUGUGCGCGACUCAAGCGCCAGAGUGGGGUGAUUGCGUCCUUUUCUCGCGCUUUAACGGAGGGGCUUUCUAGAGAUAUGGACGACGCGACGUUUUCGAAAGCUCUGGACGCGUCCUGCGCGGCGCUCUACGACGCGUCGUUCAAAAAAAUAACGGAGGAGGACGGCGCGGCGCCGGCGAUGUAUCGGGACGUGUCGGGAUACCUGGGUAAAGACUAA